UAUUGGAAAAAAGAGGGGUAAAGGUGGCUGUUGUUGGGGUCCCCAAAACUAUAGACAAUGACAUUUUGCUGAUGGACAAAACUUUUGGGUUUGACACUGCUGUUGAGGAAGCACAACGAGCCAUUAAUUCAGCUUACAUCAAGGCACAUAGUGCAUACCAUGGUAUAGGAAUUGUAAAGUUGAUGGGUCGUAGCAGUGGAUUUAUUGCUAUGCAUGCAUCCCUGGCUAAUGGACAAAUCAAUAUAUGCUUUAUACCAGAGGUACCUUUCCAUUUACAUGGUCCUCAUGGUGUUUUGCAGCAUCUGAAAUACCUCAUUGAGACAAAAGGAUCAGCAGUGGUCUGUGUUGCUAAGGGAGUAGGGCAGGAUAGUUUCUUGAAGUAUUUUUUAAAAAAUACUUUUGUGGCUGCUUGCUUCCUAUGCAGAAACUGGGAAGCAAUAUGAAAUAGUUGGAAUGGGAAAUGGAGAGAAUGAGCCAAAGCAAGAGUGAGAGUUGGAGGAUGUUAUAGUAGACAAUACUCUCCAAGUUUCUUGUUAUAGUAACUUUUCAAGAAUAUUUAAGAAUACUUGAAUACUUAAAGAACAUUUUGUUGUUGAUAACAGUGUGGAAUAUUUUUAACUAAUUUGUGGAUUCUUAAUACAAUGUUGAACGUUUUUACUUUUUGUUAUUUGAAAAUCAAGUUUAUUUGAUGAUGCUA